AAUCGCGACGCUGCGUCAGUUUUCGCGAGAGUUCUCAGCUGUGAGGGUGGCUUUUUGUCGUACAAUCCGCAUUUUCCGGCCUUUAUAGCCUUUGUGCCUGUUGUGUCCCUUCAUGAGGAUGCUGUUGUGUCGUGUAAAAAGUUGAGAAAACAGUGAAGAAACCACCCAAAAUUACGUCAACAACAGGAGUUUUGUGAAAGAAGAAAUUCAUCAAUGAGUCAAAGGCUCGUGAGUUAAAAUUCUUCAACAAUCACCGCAAGUUAAAAAAAUCAUCCGUGAAGGUGUCUUCGUGGUUUUAUCAGCACCUUGAUGUCUCCAGGAAAUUGUAUUUUGUAAUUUAUGUUGAAAUGGAGUGAUAAGAAACCCACGCAGAGUUCAUAAUAUCGUACGAUUAUUAGUUUUGUUGAUUUUGUGUAAAUUUUGGUGGCUUUGAGGGAAGUAAAAGAGCAUCAAACAUCGCUCGCGUGAGUGGCCUAAUCUCGUGACCAGGAAAAGUGUCGUGAGAUGAGUUUAGGAUGCAUCUGCAAGUGUUGAACAUUUCUUGGAUUUAAUUGGAUAAAUUUAGCUGUGCCUUUAGCCUGGGCAAGUAUAGAAAGGACUUCAGGCAACGGACAAAGGAGUUGAGGCUGCAGCAGGAUGACUGUUACGUACACAGCAGAAGUUGCCACAUGCAGAGGAUUUGGAUGCUUCCUCAAGCUCCUACUCAGGUGGCGCGGAAGCAUCUAUAAGCUCGUAUGGUUGGACUUGGUGGCAUUUCUCUCAGCUUACUACAUACUUAGUAUUAUUUAUCGAUUGUUACUCAAUGAGCAGCAGAAAAUAGUUUUCGUUGGUCUGGUUAAGUAUUGUGGUGCCUCAACAAAUCUCAUUCCACUCUCCUUCGUUCUGGGCUUCUAUGUAUCCAUCGUGAUGACACGAUGGUGGAAUCAGUACAUCACAAUUCCCUGGCCAGACUCAAUAGCCGUUCUUGUGAGUGCAAACAUUCACGGACAGGAUGAACGAGGACGUGUAAUACGACGAACUGUGAUGCGAUACGUGUGCCUCUGUCUCACAAUGGUACUAACAAUGAUAUCCCCACGUGUCAAGAAACGUUUCCCAACGUUGGAGCAUCUUGUGGAAGCUGGUCUAUUGACGGACAAUGAACGCGUCAUAAUGGCAGACCUAAAUAUGCGUUUUCCACGACAUUCAAAGCAUUGGAUGCCAAUUGUUUGGGCAGCAAGUAUCGUGACGCGUGCCCGCAAGGAAGGUCUCAUACGAGAUGACUUUGCCGUGAAGACUGUGAUAGAUGAGUUGAAUAAGUUUCGUGGUCAAUGCGGGACUCUCACAUCCUAUGAUAACAUCAGUGUACCCCUUGUGUACACACAAGUAGUCACACUGGCGGUCUAUUCGUAUUUUAUUGCCUCAAUUAUGGCAAGUCAGUGGUAUGAGGAUAAAUUGGUGGGAGAAGGGCAUCUCAAUAAGAUUGAUUUGUACUUCCCCGUCUUCUCGACCCUUCAAUUCUUCUUCUACAUGGGAUGGCUCAAAGUGGCGGAGUCCCUGAUAAAUCCUUUCGGGGAGGAUGAUGAUGAUUUUGAGGUUAAUUGGAUGGUUGAUCGGAAUCUCCAAGUUUCCUACAUGAUUGUCGAUGAGAUGCAUCAUGAGCAUCCGGAAUUGAUGAAGGAUCAGUACUGGGAUGAAGUCUUCCCAGUUGAAUUACCCUACACCGUUGGGGCUGAAGGAUUCCGCGAAGAACAUCCUCAACCGUCAACGGCCAACAUUGAAAUCCCCAAGGCGGCAGCUGAGGUCAUCCCGGUGGUGCCGUCAAAGGCAAAAAUGGAUGAAAUGGUCGGUAAAAAUACGCAAUCGAUCAGUUACAGAUUCCCAGAUCAAAUUGACAGUGAGAUUUUCGAUGACAACGCCAGUGGAAUACACUUCACAGCUGGAAGACGGAAUGAUCCUCGUCAUGGAUCAGCCACGAGCGUGCAUAGCGUUAUGGGGGGAUCAAUGAAGCGCGUUGACACUGUUGCAUCAGCCCUCAAACGUUUCUUCAGCAAAGACGAUGCUCGAUCGAAUCAGAGUGUUGAAGCUGGAGCUUCCACGCGCCUGCCCGCAUCUCCCAGCGGAACUAGCUUGUCCGGGAGUCAGAAGGUCAUCCCAAUGGGCCCCGUUGGAAGUGUUCGGAUCACAGAUCAAGUGAUCGAAGAGGUGGAUGAGCAGUUGACGAUCACAUCGAUGAAGGGACAACCGGAAGUACGUCCAACGGCGGCGAGUCUCUUCGCCACGGGUCCCCCGACUCCCAGUGCCCCCGUGGAUGUGCCCCGUUCAGGUGUUCAGCCCUACACGCGGACACAAUCCGCCGUGGCGCAUGGGGAUCGUGAUAUGGCGCUCGGGGUGGUGAAUCUCGAUGAUAUUCUCAGUACUUCAGCACCCACCGGGCAGUACCAUCGUCCCACCACUCCACCAGGACUCGAUGAGUUCGAUAAAAAGCGCAGUGAGAGCAAGGAGAGUGCCGUCAGCCAAGCAAGCGACAAGAAUCCAGAAAAUCCAACGGACGAUGAGUUUGAAAAAUUACGCUUGGCGCGUGAAAAGGAGCGACAGGAGAGGAAAAAGCAGCUAAUAGCCAGAUCAAUAAGCUCAACCCACCAAGAGGGGGUUGCAAUGAUGGAUGUUGAUGCGAUGUUGGAGCAAAUUGUGGCACAACAGACUUCAACGGAUCGCCAAGAACCGCAUCACUGAGAGUUGUGUCGGUCGGGCAUUUGGAUUGAGUGCACGACCGCCAGUGGGGAGUCCAUCGAUGAUCUCUAAACACGGACCAGUAUUACCACACAUCCCCCCUCCCCUUUCUUCAGCAAAAAUCGAUGGUCAUCUUCCUUUUUUUGUAUUUUUUUUUAACAAAGAUUUUUAGCAAAAAGACGAGGCAAAUGCCAAAAUGUAGUUAAAAAGCCUAGCUAAGCUGCUAAAAAAAAGAUCAUAAAAAUAGAAAAUAAAGAGAAAUUGAUGCUUCUA